AUGGAGGUACGUGUACGGAUGGUGUUAAUGAUUAUACAUGUGCCUGUGUUGAGGGGUGGUCGGGGAAGAAUUGUGAAACAGGUACGUGAAGCAGAUAUAAACGAGUGCAUCAGUGGCCCGUGUCAGAAUGGUGCAACCUGUAUCGAUGACGUCAACGGAUAUAGGUGUGAGUGCGCAGCAGGCUGGGAAGGAGAAUAUUGCGCUACAGCUUCCGAUUUUUGUGCUAGUGGUCCAUGUAAAGAAGGCGCUACGUGUAUCAAUAGCAAUGAUGGAUAUGAAUGUUACUGCCCAUCUGGAUAUGUUAAUGACGUAUGCACCACUGUUGAAGACCAUUGUACAAGUGGUCCAUGUGAGAAUGGUGGCACGUGUCUAAAUACCGGUGAUGGUUAUGAAUGUCGAUGUCCCCCUGGUUAUGAAAGAACGAACUGUGAAACAGAUACCGAUGAAUGUGCUAGUGGUCCUUGUCAAAACUCUGGGACAUGCAUCGAUGCUAUGAAUAUGUAUAACUGUCAAUGUUCAGACGGUUUUAUGGGCGUUAACUGUGAAAUAGAUAUCAAUGAAUGCGACAGCAAUCCAUGUAAAAACGGAGCUACAUGUGAAGAUGCCAUCAAUAUGUACACAUGUACUUGCACGGAAGGAUACACUGGGGUCAACUGCCAGACAGUUGUGGUGGUGGUGAACGCAUGCUCAGAAGAACCUUGUCAAAAUGGCGGAACUUGCACCGAUGUUGACGAUGGUUAUACUUGCACGUGUUCCAGUGGCUAUACAGGAACCAACUGCCAAACAGACAUAAAUGAAUGCGUUAGCGGGCCUUGUCGUAAUGAAGGGACUUGUGUCGACGGGGUCAAUGGAUUUACGUGUGAGUGUGCAGCUGGAUGGGAAGGAGAGCUUUGUGAAACCGCCAUCGACUUUUGUGCGAGUGGUCCAUGUAAGGAAGGAGCUACGUGCAUUAACAACAAUAGCAAUGAUGGAUAUGAAUGUUACUGCCCAUCUGGAUAUGUUAAUGACGUAUGCACUACAGUUGAAGACCAUUGUACAAGUGGCCCUUGUGAGAAUGGUGGCACGUGUCUAAAUACCGGUGAUGGUUAUGAUUGUCGUUGUCCCUCUGGGUACGAAGGUAUAAACUGUGAAACAGUUAUUCCUGUAGAUGAAAAUGACUGUUUAAGUGAACCAUGUCAAAAUGGCGGAACCUGUGAAGACGGCGAUGCAGCGUAUACCUGUACUUGUUUAAGUGGAUACACUGGUGUAAACUGUCAAACAGCUACCGACUUUUGUGCGAGCGGUCCAUGUAAGGAAGGAUCUACGUGUAUCAAUAGCAAUAAUGGAUAUGAAUGUUAUUGCCCAUUGGGAUAUGUCAAUGACGUUUGCACCACAGUGGAGGACCAUUGCGCAAGCGGGCCAUGUGAGAAUGGUGGCACGUGUCUAAAUACCGGCGAUGGUUAUGAAUGUCGAUGUCCCCCUGGUUAUGAAGGAACAAACUGUGAAACAGAUAUAAAUGAAUGCGCUAGUGGUCCUUGUCAAAAUGCUGGCAUAUGUACUGACGAUGUGAACAGGUAUAGCUGUCAGUGUAGGGAUGGUUUUAAGGGCGUUAACUGUGAAAUAGUUAUUCCUGUAGAUGAAAAUUACUGUUUAAGUGAACCAUGUCAAAAUGGCGGAAUCUGUGAGGAUGGCGAUACUGAGUAUACGUGCACCUGUUUAAGUGGAUACACCGGUGUCAACUGUCAAACAGAUAUUGAUGAAUGCAUUAGCGGACCAUGUCGUAAUGACGGCACGUGCUUUGACGGCGUCAAUAUGUACACGUGUGACUGUGCAGAGGGAUGGGAAGGUGAUACAUGUGACGUAGCCAUCGACUUUUGUGCGAGUGGUCCAUGUAAGGAAGGAGCUACGUGUAUUAACAACAACAGCAAUGAUGGAUAUGAAUGUUACUGCCCAUCUGGAUAUGUCAAUGACGUAUGCACCACUGUGGAAGACCAUUGUGCAAGUGGUCCAUGUGAGAAUGGUGGCACGUGUCUAAAUACCGGUGAUGGUUAUGAAUGUCGCUGUCCUCCUGGUUAUGAAGGAACAAACUGUGAAACAGAUACCGAUGAAUGUGCUAGUGGUCCUUGUCAAAACUCUGGGACAUGCAUCGAUGCUGUAAACAUGUAUAGCUGUCAGUGUUCGGACGGUUUUAUGGGUGUUUACUGUGAAACAGUCAUCCCCGUCGACAUCAAUGAGUGUCUAAGUGGACCAUGCAUGCACGGAGGCACGUGCGUCGAUGGCGAUUACAUGUAUACUUGUACGUGUUCUAGUAGUUACACGGGAACAAAUUGUGAAACUGAAUUAGUUACUGACGUUGACGAGUGUGCCAGUGACCCCUGUGAUAAUGGAGCUACAUGCAUUGACGGAACUAACAAGUUCACAUGUAUUUGUCCAAGUGAUUAUAGUGGAACUACUUGUCAAAACGAUAUAGACGAUUGUUCACCAAAUCCGUGCAUUAAUGGCGGGGUGUGCACAGACUAUUUGAACUCAUUCACAUGCAGUUGUCCUGCCGAUUUCAUGGGAGAUACAUGUGAAUUUGCUGUAAGUGGAUGUUCAGGGAUGAACCCAUGUCGUAAUUGGGGUACUUGUGUUGAUGAAAGUGAUGGAUACCACUGCGAAUGUGUCGCUGGGUUUGAAGGGGAUCAAUGCGAAAUCAAUAUCAACGAAUGUGACCCAUUCCCAUGUCAUAUCGGACUCUGUGUUGAUUCAAUCAAUGAUUUCACAUGCUACUGCCCAAAUGGCUAUGCGGGUAAACUAUGUGAUGUUACUAUGACAAGUUGUACCACUGACACGUGUCUAAAUGGUGGGUUGUGUCACGACAUAAUUCCUGACAGUAUUUUUGUGCUUGUCUUAAUGGAUAUACUGGAACCCAUUGUGAAAUCAUGUUCCCAUUACGCAAUAGAUAUAAACGACUGUUUGCCAAGUCCCUGUCUGAACAGCGGAACGUGCGUCGAUGGCGUUCACGACUAUUCAUGCUCCUGCCCGUUUGGUUAUGGUGGGAAGAACUGUGAACUAGUUAUCAGCAACUGUGGUCCCAGUAUUUGUCAAAAUGGGGGAACUUGCCUGGAAGAACUCAACGGCUACGAGUGUGUUUGCGUACAGGGGUUCAGCGGACCACACUGUGAAUUCACUGAAGGUAACUGUGAUUCCGAUCCGUGUCUGAACGGCGCUACGUGUACUGAUGCCGGUGUGAACUCUUUCACAUGUCAGUGCCUGCCAGGCUUCACUGGAACAGUUUGUGAAAACGAUAUCAACGAAUGCCUAUCCAUUCCCUGUUUAAAUGGAGGUACAUGCAUCGACGCAGUGAAUGCGUAUACGUGUGUCUGUCAGUCAGGAUAUAAUGGUUUACUGUGUGAAAAUGUUGAAGGAGGCUGUGAUCCUGACCCGUGUGUGAAUGGUGGUACUUGUACUGAUGUCGGUGCAAACAGUUUCAUGUGCCAGUGUCUGCCAGGUUUCUUAGGAACAUUUUGUGAAAACGGUGAAUAA